CACAAAAGGCGGAAUAAGGAUAAAAAAACAAAGCAAACCACAGGAAAAUUACAAAACAAAAGAAUUAAUUAUUAGCUUAUUUAUCAACUUUCAUAUGAGGUGAAUAAAGUUACUAUGAAAAUCGAACUGAUAAACGGGACGAUAAAAGCAAUCAAUUCCUCUGGCGUAGUAAAAUAAUAAUCACGAUUUUAUCUUCGUCUCAGCUCCUUGGUAAAGGCCUAAUAUAAUUUUUGGUAUUUAUUAUGCGAUAAUACACUAUAAGCCAAGAAAAAUGGACCCAACUAUAUCACGCGAUAAAAUACCCCUAAAGCAGGCUGAGGUUUCAGUUCGACGUUUUAAUGAUCUUGCUGUUCCACAUCACUUAGGGCUACUAAAAAACCAUCGCAGUAAUAUUGAAAAAAGUGUAGCUCUCGGUGAUUGGAACAAGGUUAAGAAGGAAGAAAUAAAUGCAACACGGGUCAUAAAGCAAAUAAAAAACUUACUUCUGGAGAUGGAUGCGUUACGAGACAAAGUACGCCCCGAGGAUUUNCCUAUUGGAUUGGUAGCCGGUUUGAAGGCAGGAGGCCUUGCAGCUGUAGGAUGCGGUAUACUCGGCUUUACUGGUGGUUCUGUUCUUAAAAACAACCCAUCAGCAAAUCCUGCCGUAAUGCAAGGUAAUAUUGAGGAAGAGUGCUCACAAGAGAAUAUACAAUUGGAAAAAACAGACGAAUGACCCUCAGGGAGUGGCAAUAGUCCGUACAAUAGGAUAAAGGACACUCGUCAGCUAUUGGAAGCAGG